UCGAGAUGCAUAAUUAUUAAGUGAUGGGCAGCAGCUCAAAUAGGUUCCACAGUCCGUGAGUGCUAUCAAGACAAUACCGAAACAUUCAUCCGGUUACCAUAUCUAUUGUUGUUUUAAUUAGAACGUUUGUGAACUCAAGGGUGCGCAAGUUUAAUCAGUCACUUACAAUAUGCAUCGAUAUAAAACAUUGAAACUACAAUGCCUGGUUAUUUUCACAAUCAUCAUCAACGUUGGUUGCACAUCGUUUAUAAGAACCACCUUUUUAGAAUCGAUGAAAUGCACCUACGGUGAAAGAGGUUCCUUAACUGCGACAUGCGUAAACGCCACUUCCAGUUACUUCAAAAACACUCCAUACAGAUUCGAUCACCUGGAUGAAACCUUAAGAUGUAUUAAUUGUACUUUGACCACCUUAGAAACGUCAACAUUCGAUUUGUCCGGAAAUCAAAUCAAAUUUCUAGACCUCAGGAACAGUUCGAUAGAAAACAUUAAAACUAAAGCUUUCGUUGGUUUGAUAUUUAUGGAACAUCUACAGUUGUCAAAUAAUCAUAUCAAGUCCAUUUAUCCUACAACUUUUAUUGGUGUAAAAAAGGUCCAGGAACUAGAGCUACAAAACAACGAAAUCGAAAGUUUAAAUGAAAAUGGAUUUUUGGAAUUAAUCAACCUUAAAAAACUAAACCUUAGAGAAAAUUCAAUUUCGUUCCUCGCAAAGAAUUCGUUUAAUGGUCUUAGUGAGUUACUGGAACUGGACUUGAGUUACAAUAAAAUUAAAACUUUUAAUAACGAGACGUGGACUAACUUGACAAAAUUGGAAGUUUUGAAUUUACAACACAACGAACUUACUAAACUGGCCGGCGAUGAAUUUUUUAAUAUAUCGACACUGAGAAAAUUGGAUUUAUCUUGGAAUCAAAUUACUGUUCCUUCGAUUACAUUGAACGUGGAAUCUCCGGGAAAUAGUUUGUUGUAUUUGGAUCUGUCUCAUAACAGCAUACGUGAUCUAACCCCGUUAAUGUAUAAUACAUUAAAAAAACUUGAAAAUUUGGAUUUCAGUUUCAACAGCAUUCAAGAAAUUCCACAAAAAAGUUUGCAGGGUUUGCACAAUGUUGUCAACAUAAGUUUUUCAUACAACAACCUAACAACGUUCCGAACUGGUUUGUUUUCGGGUUUGUCACAGCUGAGAUAUUUGAAUUUGUCCCACAACAGCAUUAACAAAUCUGAGGUAACUGGAAUUUUGGGCAUGCACAGUCUCCACGCUUUGGAUUUGUCGUACAACAAACUAGAGGAUUUGGACUACAUUUCGUUGGUGUCAAGUUUACCGAGGUUAUCGUAUCUUGAACUUCAAGACAAUUUACUUCCUUGUGAUUUAGAAAAGGACAUGGAUGAAUAUUUUAUGGAAGACAACUUCAAAUACGUCCUUUGGUCGGAGGGUGGAGUGAAAUGUGUUGACAAGGAAUACAUACCAAAGGCAAUGAAGAAUGUAAUUGACACUUUGGAAGAACAAAACGCUAAUACGGGAAGCAGGUCUGCCGAAAUUUGGAUUUUCGUUUUGAUCUCACUCAUGAUGUUGAUGAUUGGUGGUUUGUUUUAUUUAGAAUAUAGAACAUACCAAGCAUUAAAAUAUAGACCUUCUAGUGAAUUUGCAACGUCCAGAGUCAAUUUAGUGACUUCUGAUGUUGAGGUUGGAGAUAGUGAUUUUCUUGAAAUUAUUUUAAAAUGGUUCCCCGUCCUGGCAAUAUCAACUCUUAUAUCAGCAACCACCUCAAUGGAUAUACCAAGAUGUUCCUACGGAGUAAGAGGUUCCUUGACUGCCACGUGUGUGAAUGCCAACCCCAGCCUCUUCAAAACUACUUCGUACUCAUUUGACCACCUAGACGAAACAUUAGUUUGUAAAAAUUGCACAUUAACAGUAUUAGAAGCAGGCACCUUCGAUUUAUCUGGAAAUCAAAUAAAAAAUCUUAUUCUGCAGAAGAGCAUGAUUGAAGCCAUAAGAGCUCAGGCGUUCGUUGGAUUGCUUUUCAUGGAACAUUUGGAUCUGUCAAACAAUGAAUUGAAGAACGUGGUGACUGGUACUUUCUUCGGAGUAAAAAAAAUUAAGACGUUGAAUUUGAGCAACAAUAAAAUUGCCAAUCUAUCAGAAAACGCGUUUACGGGUCUGAGAGAUUUGAAGGUGUUAAACCUCACAAAUAACUCUAUAAGUAACGUGCACGAAUUGUCAUUUGACGGUCUUGAAAGUCUCGUAGAAUUAGAUUUAGGUUUCAAUGAAAUAAUUAAACUCUCAGGUUUAUCGGUUGAUUUACCCAACUUAGAAGUUUUGAGACUCAGGCAAAAUCAUCUGAUGUGUCUACCCAAUAAUGUUUUUUACAAUUUAACAUCGUUGAGGUACCUGGAUUUGUCGUGGAACAAGCUGAAGUGUCCUUUAACCAUGUUGACCAUGAAACCGGGUAAUUCGCUUGCCCACUUAGAUCUCUCCAGAAAUGCCAUCGACAUUCUGAUACCAAACAUGUUUAGCAGUUUGAGCAAUCUGCAGGAAUUAAAUUUGAGUUACAAUUACAUAAACGACAUACUCCUAAGAACUUUCUUUGGCUUGUUUAAUCUUGUAAAGUUGGAUAUAACUUACAAUAAACUAACGUUGUUCCGAACAGGCAUAUACUCAGGUCUUCCACAUUUACGUGAACUUAACUUAUCUCAUAACUUAAUCGAUGAAGUUUUAGUCACCGGUACCAUGAGUUUACACAAUUUGCACUCAUUAGAUCUUUCUUAUAAUUCGUUGGACGAUAUACUGUACUUUAACAUAAUUUCACGUAUGCCCCGAUUGUCCUACUUAGAUCUACAGGGUAAUCGAUUUCCAUGCAAAGAAGAUAAUGAAAUAAUGUCACUUCUUGAAUUUAACAAUGAUAACUUCCAUAUUGUUUGGAAAAAAGAUGGUGAAACGGAUAUGUGCUUUAACGAAAAACAACGGAAACCUAGUUUGGAAGAUAUUACUCAGAUACUGGUAGAUAAAUCUACCGCAGAAGCUGGUAGUACCACAGCAGAAACUUCCGCAUUCGUGCUAAUUUCUAUAAUGAUGUUGCUCCUUGCAGCGAUCAUGUUCAUGCAGUACAGGAACAACAGAAUUUUAGGCCAUCUACGAAUUCGUGGUUUAACGACGUCAACGAUAAAUUUGGUUAGAAGCUCAGGAGUUUCGAAUAGUUCACUAAAAGACUAAUUUUUUUUGUUGAUUCAAAGAUUGUAUACGCUUAUUUAAAUAAAUAUUUUAUAACGAA